GUCGUGGCAUCCUGCAAAUCCUGCGCGCUCCAACAGACGUCCUUAGCUGCCACUCCGCCGCGCGCGUCAGCGACCUCACCGUCACACCGGCGAAGCAAGACCCGCACCCAUGGCGCUCGCCUCCACCUCCGCCACCGCCUCCGCGGCCGUGCUCAAGAACCCGUUCCUCGGCGCGAGGCGCGCGCUCGCCAAUGCCGCCUCCCUCGGCGCCGCCAAGCCCGUGACGCGCCGCGUGGUGGUCGUCGCCGCGGCCGUCGGCAAGAAGUCGUGGAUCCCCGCGGUCAAGAGCGAUGCCGAGUUCAUCAACCCGUCCUGGCUCGAUGGCUCGCUCCCCGGUGACUUCGGCUUCGACCCGCUGGGGCUUGGCAAGGACCCGGCGUUCCUCAAGUGGUACAGGGAGGCCGAGCUGAUCCACGGGCGCUGGGCGAUGGCCGCCGUGCUGGGCAUCUUCAUCGGGCAGGCGUACAGCGGCGUGCCGUGGUUCGAGGCCGGAGCGCAGCCAGGCGCGGUGGCGCCCUUCUCCUUCGGGUCGCUCCUGGGCACCCAGCUGCUGCUCAUGGGGUGGGUGGAGUCCAAGCGGUGGGUCGACUUCUUCAACCCGGACUCCCAGUCGGUGGAGUGGGCCACGCCGUGGUCGCGCACAGCCGAGAACUUCGCCAACUUCACCGGCGAGCAAGGGUACCCGGGCGGCAAGUUCUUCGACCCGCUCGGCCUCGGUGGCGAGACCAAGGACGGCGUCUACAUCCCCGACACCGAGAAGCUCGAGCGGCUCAAGGUGGCCGAGAUCAAGCACUCGCGCCUCGCCAUGCUCGCCAUGCUCAUCUUCUACUUCGAGGCCGGACAGGGCAAAACGCCGCUCGGCGCGCUCGGCCUAUAAGACGAUUUUUGGCUUGCGCGCGUGGUGGGAGAGGGGUUGUUGCAUUGCAUCAGGACGCAUGGAUUGCAUGGGAUCGGCUGGAGGUCGAAGAAGCAGCAGCAAUGUAUCUGUGUCCGUGACUUCUUUGGGGUAGUGUGUGUAAAUCGAAUGGGGAAUCAAGUACUCUUUAUUUCUCCAGCGUAUGUACCAUGUAAUAUAUAGUCUGAGCUCUGUAAUUUAAGGCAGAAUGAGCAAGGGCAUUUGAUUCAUCA